UCCCCAAAUACGACCGCAAAUUUUCCCCAAUUUGGCUUCUCCGUUCAUCCACCCUAGACGGCAAUGGAGGCCGCCGCCGCCGACCUCGUCGCUGCCCUCUCGUCCCCGUCCUCCUACGCCGGCCUCCACUCUCGCUUCGCCGCCUACCUACAGCCCUUCACCCCCUACCUGCCCAGCUCAAACCCUAACCCCAGGCCACCGCAGAAGAGGGCGACGAAGCAGAACAAGCAGCCGCCGCCGCCUCCCGACGCGGUCACCCUCCGCCCCCUCGCGAAGCGAUUCCUCACGUUUCUCAGCCGCGCGCUCCACCUCCUCCCGCCGCUCGUCCGCGCGAGCCCUGGCUCGGGCGACAAGGGCGGCGAGGCCGCCGACGAACUGCUUGAGAUCUACGGCCUCCUCUUGGACUGCCUACAGGCCAUAUCACCCUGCCUCGCGGCGAAGCCCUACUCCGUGUUGCUCCAUCGCGGCCGCUUCAUCUGCUGCCUCGAGUCGCGCGGCCACCUCGCACGCGCCAAUGCGGAGGCUGCCGCUGCCCUUGACGCCCUCCGCUCCGCGCUCUCUCCACCCACCACGAGCACAAAGUCGCGGCGUGGUGCUGCAAGCGUUGAUUCCGUCCUCCUUCCGGACCCUGGCAGCGCUGGGGAGGCUGGCACGGAUCCUGAAGUCACCGUCCUUGCGGUCGAGCUCACUGCGUGCCUUGCCAAUUGUUCCAGCAAGGGCAAGGUGAAGGAACCUGCCCCUUACGAACGACUUCUCAGCCUUUUCAAACAGCUAAAACCAUGGCUUCGUAUUCUUACUAAUGAAGUCAGGAGGAAGUAUCUCCCGCUCCUUGUGAAUGGCAUGAGCCGGUGCACCUUUUUUCUGGUUUCUGAGUCUUCAUUUUUCACUACUGAUCUAGUUCAUGGAUUCUGUCGUUACACACUGCAAGAGUGUGUGAAAGAGGGCAUGAUCGAGCAUUUGCCAGCUAUUGCUCGCAAGAUUUGCUCUUCUGUAGACUUGAGUUGGGGAGGGAGCACACAGCUUUUGCUCCACGUGCUAGAAACUGUCACUGAUUCUGUUGUAUGUGUAAAGGAUGAUUUACUGAAAUCUGUAAAUGAGCUUCUGGUAUUUGUGGCGUAUUUUUGUCGGUUCAUUCUUUCUGCCAAACGGGAUUUAUCUGUUGGUGCAUCAGAACUACUUUAUAAACAAAGUGGUUAUUUCUCUGAGGUUUCCUCUCCUACUGCCUCGAUGCUUCUUCUUUAUGCGACUGGGUUAUACUUGAGUGUCCAGCAAGCAGAAAGUGAAAUACUACCCUAUUUAUCUGUGGGUAUUCCUGAGGAUCAAAAGUACCUACAUGCUUUAGAGAAAGGUCUUGGCACAUUAGCACGAUGGCCACAUGAUAAUACAUCUUUGGUCACAUACUUGGACUCUUUGGAGUUUAUUAGCAAGGUAUUAUUACAGCAAGUGGCUACACUUUGGAAGAACUUCUCUGAAGGAAAACCAACCCAUUGUUCUGGUAACAUGGACUAUGUCUUGACAGCACUGCAUCAGUUUGUUGAUUCCAGCUUCGCGUCUUUUAGCUGUACACAAAUGUCUCAAGGAAACAACGAUAGAUGGCAUGAAAAACAUGGAACCUUACUGACAGUCCUUGUUUCCGCAAUCAAGUUUUCCUUUGUUACCAAGAAAGAUAUUCAGAAGAGCUUGGGUUUCAUUGUCUGUGCUAUUUCAAGUAAAUGGUUAACGCCUGAGGAGCUCAAAUUCUUGAUACCUUCACUUAGCAACAUCGGAGUGACACUUCAUAAUACUGGACAUGUUAAAGAGGCACCAAAGGCUUUAGAAGUAUGCUGCCAAACAAUAUGGGCACACGUCAGGCUUUCUUACUGUAGGCUAUCCUCAAGGACAAAAGGAAACGACAUUAUGAUGGAUUUGCCGAUGGAUACACUGAAGGAUAUGGAUAUAAUUUUGGACGCAUUUUCAAGGAUUGCAAAGAUUGUUGAUACUUUACGUAGAUGUGGCACAGAAAUAGAAACAACACUUGGGAUUGUUGCGAAGAGCUUGUCUAAAUUGUUGUCUGAUGGCGACAAUUCUGAAUAUUUCAAAGGUUCUUUUAUACUAAUCAAGGCAUGGGUUAAGGCUGUACACAAAGAUUUUGGGGAUAAUAAGGUGGAUGAUGCUCCACUUCUCUAUCCCUCUCUUUUGAAGUAUCGAUCUCAGUGGCCAAUUAAGCUGAUAGGCUUAAUAGUAGAGCAGGAAUUGUUAGCAUAUGGAUUAACUGAAGCUCGAAGCACAGAAUUGUGCUCUAAAAUGCAGACAAGGAUCAUAGAUGUUCUGCUGCAUAAAAUUUACUGUUCAAAAGAACAUUUUUUGGAGAGAUCAAGGGUUUUUAUUAGAAAGGCAGGUGCACUUCGUGCAUCUGGAGUGGAAAACAUAAAAAGCUGCCUUGAGUCUUUACAUGAGGCCAUAUCUUUACUGCAAAAGAUCUCACAGGAUUCAUCUCGUGCCAACACUACUGCGAACAAUCAGUUGGCCAUUGCGUACUGCUUGUAUGCACAUUGCGCUCAGGAAGGCAAACUUUGUGGGGAGGUAAUAUUUGAUAAUGCUGAGAAAGCACUUAACUUAUGGUUGGAGAUGGAGACUUUUGAUCAUUCUUCUUCUGAUAUGGUCUUGCAACAGCCAUCAAAAACUAUUGUACCUCUUAUUUGUUUCCUGGUUGAUUUGUUAUCUAUGAAGGGCUGUUUUGAGCUUCAGUUUAAGUUGUGCAAGGUUAUGAUAAUGAUAUGGAAGCAAGAAAAUUUACCCCUUGAAAAGCUCUUUUCCUUGCUGCUCACCAGUGGGCGCCUUAGUCAUGCAUGCUGUUAUCUUCCACUGGAUGAGCGAUUUCUUUCUAUUGCCACAGAGCAUCUUGGUGUACGUAGCCACGAUAUUGAAUUUUGGAUAAACUGUUUCAAAGGAGACCAUCCUUCUCUCUGUAUGUUUCUCCAGAGGAUGCUGCCUAGUGCCUUAUUUAGUCCUCAAUCAUGUAAGCAUCCCUUUGGAAGGCAGUUCAGUUUUGAAAUGAGUGUUGAUGAAGUCAGCAAAGUUGCCUCAUCUCUGGUAUCUGAAGUUACUUCAAAUGACCAAUCAACCUUUCUAGCUGGCUGUUUAUACUAUGACUUGUCAGAAAGAGUUUUUUCACGUGGACAACUUUUCCAGGCCUUUUCAUAUGGAAAAGAAGCCCUCCAUUUGCGCAAAAAGCUCCUAAAAAAGAAGUUCAAAUUCAAUUCGGGCAUAUCUGGAUAUACUGAAAGACAACACUGUGGGCAGGAUAUUUCUCUUGAAGUGCGUGGCCCAACAAUGGUUGAGAUUUGGCCAAAUUCUAUUAGAUCAAACAUUAGAGAUUCUUUCAUUACUCCAUGGAAUGUCCUUAGGUGCUAUCUUGAGAGUACCUUACAGGUUGCUAUGAUGCACGAAUUGAUUGGCAAUGGUGCUGAAGCAGAAGUUCUCUUACGGACAGGAAAAGAGAUAUCAAAUCUCCAUGGUUUAUCAGUUUUCUGUAUAGUAUUUACAUCAUCUCUAGGUCAACUAUACUGUAAGCGGCAGCUAUGGGAUGAAGCGGAGAGUGAACUUAAUUAUGCCCGAGAUCUUGUGAAAAAUGAUGCAACAAUUUCAUGUAAGCUCUGCAGUCUGACUUUUGGGAUAUCAGUUGACAUGCAAGUUGGUGAUCUGUCUUGGAGUCUAUUUGGGGAAAAAGUCCAGAAACAUAUGACAGCUGAUUUUUCUAAUGCUUUAGGCAUGUACCAAUCUGCAAUAGACAAAUUGAAUAGCACUGACUUGGAAUAUUGUAACGGGUCCUUUGAUCGACAUAAGACUGGUUAUCGUGUGUGCAGCAAAGACUGUAUACCGAGCAAGUAUGAAGCUUGUAAUUUGGGGGAAGAACCUCUAACUUCAAAGGAUGGAUUGUUAUCUCCAUGUAGUGUUUGUACGGUAAUACAAGUUCAAAGGAAAAGCUCAGGGAAUGCUGAAGCUGGUCCACGUCCACCAUUAGAUGCUAAAGCUAGGAGGCCAUCCAGAAAUUCAUCACGUUUAGCUAAGGGACAGAAUGUAGAGACUCUUGCAAAGACUAGAACUCGCUCUAGUAAGCGAAAUGCACGUAUGAAAAGUGAAAAGGUUUUACCUGAGCUAGAUAGUGAAAAUAACAUAUCUUGGAGUGAUGAAUUGGCUGCAGAUGCUUUAGUUUGCGGUGAAGCAGAGUGUUUUCCUGGUGCCAUUGAUCACAGCAAAGAUGACCUAUGCAAUAUGUUUGGUUGCUGGAGCUGCCUUUUCAUUAAAUCCCUCAAUUCAGGGUGCAUUCAGAAUAUUUUGCAGCUGAGAUUGGACUAUGUUUACCGGCACUACCUUGUGUCACUUCUAUUAAAAAAAGCUAGAGCCUUAGGAUCUCAUAGCAAUGGAGACCAUGAAGUUCAUAGUGUCUAUUGGAAGUGCAUAUCACUGCUGUUCUUCAGGUCCCUUCCACAGGAUUGCUAUAGGACUUAUGGGCCUUAUUUAAUUGGACUAAUCAUGGAUAGGAGCAUUGGUGUUUUUCUUCCUUUAGAGUGCGCAGAAAUUCUAUGCAGUAUGAGCUUCUUCUUGCUAAAAAGCACCCUUUAUGAACAGCCAAGGGACAUCUGCUGUAUCUUCUCUAGUGUAAAAAUGGCUGAUGUUGUUCACUGGUUGCUCAAAGCUUAUGUUCUAUCCAGAGAGUGCCCCUCACUUGUUCAGGAGGUUUGCAAGUUACUUGCGUGCAUAUUCUUGCUAUCAACUACAGAUUCCUCAAUUCAAUUGCCUUUGGGUUCUCAUAAAGAUUCUCUUUCUUUGAAUCACUGGGCCGCAUACUUCCAUCAAGUUUCUGUGGGAACUUAUCUCAAUUGUCAUUACUUUUCUAGCUUACAAGCAUUGUCCGAGGAAAAGGUUCCGGAGGGCACCUAUGAAGAUUUCAGAAAUGAGACGGAUGAUGAUGUUUUGAAAUUUCUCAGGUUGUCAUCAAGGGACAUAGAACAUAUUGAGAAACAUAUGACAGAAUUCUUCCAAAAACUUCCUGACGUACCAAUUCUGUGCAUUAGUAUGCUUGGAGGUGAUUAUGUUAAUGCCCUUUUGAAAUUCUGUUCCCAUCCUCCAUUUUUUCCUGCUUGGAUGUUGCUUUCAAGGUUCGAUUCAACAAAUGAACCUACUACAUUGCUUCUUCCAGUGGAUGCUAUUUCAGAAAUGCAGUUUGAUGAUUCCUGCAUCAAAGAUUUGGGCAAUCCAACGAGAGUUUUAGAUAAGAAGUGGCAGUGCCCUUGGGGCUAUGGAAUUACAGACUAUGUGGCCCCAAUUUUCAGAAAUAUACUUGAGGAGAAUUUUAUGUCCCUCUCUAGUGCAAGUCUUACUUUUAAUGAUGUAAAUGCAGAUCGUGUCAGGUGGUGGUCGCAUAGAAUAAGGCUCAACAAUUACCUUGCUAACACACUGAAAGACAUUGAAGAUUCUUGGUUUGGACCCUGGAAAUGCCUUCUGUUGGGCCAUCGAUUAUCUGAUGAACACAUUGAGGCUGCCUCAUCAAGUACUAUCACUGAUCUGGAUAAAAAAUUCAAAUUUGAAGUCAAUCCAGUGCUCAUCAAGGCUAUCCUUGGUGGUUGUGUGUCAGUGGAUGAAGUACAAGAAUGUCUUCUGCAACUCAUUUUGUAUAAAGGUUACUUUGGAAGGGGAGGGUGCUGUGGGAAAGAUAGACUUAGAGCUUUCUCUUCCUGCCAAAUGGACGACACAGCUAUGGAGACACUCAAACAUUUAAUACCACAUGCAGUAUAUGAGUUGCCUCAGCCAGCUGAUAGAGAUCCAGUUAUUUUAGUUCUUGAUGUCAAUGUUCAGAUGCUUCCUUGGGAGAACCUGCCUGUACUAAGGAAUCAAGAAAUUUAUCGCAUGCCAUCAAUGGGUAGCAUCUUUUUAGCAUUAUAUCGAAUCAAUAAUGAUUACAAAGAUGGCAGUUCCGAAGUUCCUCCUUUUCCUGUCAUCGAUCCUUUCGAUACAUAUUAUCUGUUGAAUCCUAGCGGUGACCUGAGCAGCACACAAGAAGAAUUUAUUCAGUUGUUCAGAAACUACGAGUGGAAGGGAUUGGCUGGGAAUUCUCCAAAGGCUGACGAGCUGGUCCUGGCCUUGAAAAAUCAUGACCUUUUCCUGUACUUUGGGCAUGGAAGUGGAGCUCAGUAUAUUUCUAGUAAGGAAAUCGAGAAGAUAGAUAACUGUGCAGCUGCUCUUCUUAUGGGAUGUAGCAGUGGAACACUUCACUGCAAAGGGAGUUAUGCUCCUCGAGGGGCUCCCUUAUCAUAUUUAUUUGCUGGUUCCCCUGCUAUAAUUGCGAAUCUCUGGGAUGUUUCAGAUAAGGAUAUUGAUCGGUUUAGUAAAGCUUUGCUCAAUUCGUGGUUGCAUGACAAUUCUCUAGGUGGCAACAAUUGUUCAAAAUGUUCCCAGCUAACAAAGGAAUUUGAGUCCAUGAGUAUAGCUUCCGAGGAAAAAGGUAGAGCAAGACGACAAGGCACACGAGGAAAGAAGCAACAACAAAUAAAUGAUAGUAACAAGAGCUGCAGCUGCAGGCAGAGGCGAAUAGCUUCAUAUCUAAGUGAAGCUAGGCGGGCUUGCAGGCUUCCACUUCUGAUAGGUGCAUCUCCUGUGUGUUAUGGUGUGCCUACAAUCAUUAGGAAGAAAGUAAUGACAGAUUCUGCCACGAGAUGAGAGAUGACCUAAAGUGUGGUAGUAUCAGCAUGGUAUUGGCCACAAUUGAUAGUGUGAUCUAUGGUGUUGAUGGAGGUGGCAUGAAAGCGUUACAUAGUUACAACAUGGGACAGACAGAAGGCAUGCAACUGGUUUCCUCAAGGACUGAAGGGCAUAUGUUAUCACAAGUUGUGGAAAAUAGGGGUGCUGAAAGAAGGCUAUACCAGAGCAAGAACUAUCUGUUACUUCAUCAGAAUAAAAAGAGGUGCUUUGCUUGCCAAGCUACAUCGCACAAUUUGGAGCAGUGCACAAUAAAAUACAAACUGGUUCCUGCGGCACAUCAGUGUGGCUAUGCUACAGAAUAUCCAUUUACCAUGAUUUAGCCUUCAAGGAGACAGUUGAGAAUGAGAAAUUCUGCCGUCAUUGUGUUUUGAUCAAAUCCAAUCUCAAUAACUUGGACCAGGGGAUAUUGAAAUCUGAAGUGCAGAAGUUUCGGAAGCUGUCCGUGACUGGGAUCUAAGGAGAAAAUGCAGCAAGAAUUUCCUGGCCUCUUUCAGCUCUGAAGAUGACGUAAUAAGUUAUUUAAAGCAUCCUAAGAUAGAAACACUACUGGAUGAUAAGGAGGUAAACUUAGCUGUAACAAGGUGGAACGGAAGCGAUGACGAAAGUCUUGACUUGAUUGAAGAGUGGGUUUUAGUGCGUGGGGUUCGAAGAAUAUACAGAAACUGGAAGGAGUUAUAUCAGUUGCUUCCGCAUUUGGAGUGUUGAUUGACGUGGAUGAGGAAAGUUUGGAAGCUGGAGAUAAGGAGCCUAUUAGGCUUAAGAUUGCACUAAGAAGCCUUGAUGGUGCUCCCUUCUCUUGCUACUUUGCUCUUGGUCAGUCUUCCAGACUGGUCAUGCUCACAGCUGUACAAGACAAAGCAGAAGGUAUAUAACAGCAAAAUAAGGAAUCAGACAAGGAUCAUAGUAAGGAACUGAAUGCAGCGAAGUAUAUUUAUGGAAGAGCCAGAGUGCAUUGAAGAGUCAAGGUUGGGAGAAGUGAUCAAAGAAAACAAAAUAAGUGCUCUAGCAGCCACUACAGCCAACACCAAGAAAAGAACACUGGACAUUUGAAAACCUGAAGAGGUGCAACCUGUAGGUCGAAGUUCAACAAGCAUGAUUGGAGAAGACCACUUCGAAGGUAAACCAAACAUGUGUUCAAAAGAAGAGGUAAGCAGCUGCCAGUUACUGAGACUGAGGACAUCCAUAUGUAUGGCAGUUUCAGUGAUAUUGGUCUUCAUGGAACCCUACUCAAGGUAAUAUAUCAAUAUGGUUUGUAGAAGCCUUUCGUGGUCCAUCAAAUAGGAAUUGUCCCAUUUUUGCAGUGGCCAGAGUGUUAUCCAUGAGUAGUUUUCUGGAACAACUGUAACUCGUUGCACUGGAGUUCUUCAGUGACUUGAUUAUGGAUCUGCAGAAUGACAGGCUUUGAUCAUUGUACCCGAGACAGUUCCUUGGUGUUAAAGCUUACACUUGUAUUGGAGGAAUGAGUUUCCGUGUGAACCAGCAAACUCUGUCAAGUAGAGUUCAGGCUGUCAUUGGAACUCCUGGACGCAUUCUUGACUUGCUGGCAAGGGAUGCAUUGCGUAAAGACCACAUCAGAAUGCUUGUUCUGGAUGAAGCAGAUGAAUUACUCACAGGAGGUUUCAAGGACCAGACAUGUAACAUUAUCCAGUAUCUCCCAGCCAAAAUCCAGAUCGUGCUUUUCUCUGCUACCUUCUCCAGUGAAGCUCUAGAAACUAGCCACUGGUUCAUGGAUAAGCAUGUGACAAUUAAAGUGCCAAUAGAUGAAGAGCUGAAGGGUAUCGGAAUCAAGCAGUUCUAUCACAAAGUUGAGAAGGAAGAGAAGCUGGGAAAGCUGUAUGCACUUCUCGACACUCUAGAUUCCACGUGAAUCGUCAUCUUUGUGAUUGUGAACACAAAGCAGUGUGUCAAGUCGCUCAUACAAGAUGUCAGAGGCAAGGGCUACACUGUCUCAGCAAGCCAUGGCGGUAUGAGCCAGCUUGGCAGGGACACUGGCAUCCAGGAGUUCAGGGCUGGAUCAUCCCGUAUUCUCAUCGCCACUACCUUCAAGGAACCAAUCUUGGGCAGGUUCCCAUUGUCAUCAACUAUGAUCUGCCAACAUGACUGAUGCAGUAUAUCAGCCGUGUUCAGCAGCAAAGGAGAUAUUCUGAAACUGAAAGUGUGACCAUUAAUUUUGUGACUCCUGCCACUAAACGCACCAUCUUUGAUAUCUAGAGGAUUUGCAGAGGCCAGAUGAGCAAGCUACCCUCCAAUCCAACAUUUGAACUCUUAGUAGGCUAUGACGUUCAGAAAUGUUCCUAAAGGUCUCUACACAGGUUCUUUCUGGCUACAAGGAAGCUUGAUGUUUGCCCAGACUCAAUGUAACGGUUUAUUGUGAUGUGUGGUGACUUGUCAGCUAGGCUUUUGCUGCUCUCGUUUGGAAGACUAUUAUUUCAUUGAUAUCAUAUCAUCAUUUGAACUAGAUGUGAUGGUUGCAAUGUUUUCUGAUUAGCUUAUUGUUUGUAAUUGGUCUGACAUCGAUUUGGAUGAUCAGGACGAUUAAUCGACCUCAGAUCGGUCUAAUCGUCCAUAUAAUCGUCCAACAUAUAGCAGGACUAUAUAUCAUAUAUGUAUGAUAUAUAUACCAUAUACUAUAUAUUUAUAUAGUA